CUUAAUGUUUCAUCGGACAAUCAAGAGACACAUUAAGGUCUUGUACUGGAUUGUAGCUGAACGAUAAAGCGGAGUCUGGGGCAACCAUCAACACAAAUCCUCAUUGGAUUUUUUUUCUUAAGUUUUUCUGAAUGCAUCAUUAGUCUCCCACCCUCUCUGGCACUCCUUGGCCGCAGGAGUCGGUCAGUUUAAAAGCGGUUGUACAAAUCUGUCUAGCGUGACCUCAAAAUGGGAAAGUUAGUCUGGACGUCGAUUUUCAUCGCUGCUUUAUCGGCGUUUUUCGGUGAGAGGCUCAUCAACCUCAGGAAAAGGGCCCUCGCUUCAAGGGAAGUAGUAAAUAACCAUCUCCCUAACUGUGUCCUACUGAAAAAUAUUGAUCAUGGCUCCGAGGAUAUCACGAUCCUUGGUAAUGGGCUCGCCUUUAUCAGCACUGGUAUUAAGUAUCCUGGCAUGCCACCAUCAGAUGCACCUGGAAGGAUUUUGGUCGUGGACAUGAAUGAUUCUCGGUUGAAGCCAGUGGAGCUGCGCAUGCCAAGAAACUUUGAUCUGGACUCAUUUAACCCCCAUGGCAUCAGUGUAUACAUUGAUCCAAGUGAUGACUCGAUAUACCUCUUUGUUAUCAGUCACCCUGAACACAAAAGUCAGGUAGAGCUGUUCAAAUUUGUUGAAGAUGACUACUCACUGGUGCAUCUGAAAACCAUCAAACAUGAACUUCUCUACAGUUUAAACGACAUCGUUGCUGUAGGAGUUGACUCCUUCUAUGCAACAAAUGAUCACUACUACACGAGUGAAUUCUUAAAAGGUGUGGUGGAGCCUUUCCUGUACCAGCCUUGGUCAAAUGCUGUGUACUACAGCCCUGAGGAAGUAAAGGUGGUCUCUGAGGGAUAUUACUUUGCAAAUGGCAUCAAUAUCUCACCUGACAAAAGAUACAUAUAUCUGGCAGAUAUAUUUGAUCAUAAUGUACAUGUGCUUGAACGGAAAGAGGACAAUUCAUUAAUCCCUAUAAAGUCCGUGGCUAUAGGGACCCUCGGUGACAACAUUGAAGUGGACCCUGAAACUGGAGACCUGUGGUUGGGUUGUCACCCCAAUGGAUGGAAACUUUUCAUGUUUGAUCCAAAUGACCCCCCUGGAUCAGAGGUCAUCCGCAUCCAGAACAUUCAUUCUGACCAACCAGUGGUGACUCAGGUGUAUGCUGAUGAUGGUCAUGUGAUCAUGGGCGCCUCUGUAGCAGCUCCCUACGGGGGAAAGUUGCUCAUCGGAACUGUGUUUCAUAAAGCCUUGUGUUGCGAUCUGAAAUAAGCAACGACAGCAUUGAGCUUUUUCAGCAAAAUUUAAAAAGAAUCAAAAAUUCAGACUGAGAAGAAGAAAAGAAUAUUCUGAUUCUUCUGAAAUCUUGAUUUCUGCAUUGUUAGUCAGUCAUGACAGCAAUGUGAUAGAUUACAGAUGUUGAUGCAGCAACAAAAAAGUCUUUACAUGACUCAAAUUGAUAAGAGAUAAAGAAAAUAUCUGGUGUAGGGGAUAAGAAUCCACUAUGAUAAGCUGGAGAGGUUUAGAGGGGUGGUGUGUAUCUGUGUUAUAGAAAUUCCCUGGUGCAGCCCCAUAUUUAAAGGGUUAAGCACAGUAAAGUUACUGACCUCCCCAAACCACUGAAUAAGAAUUUGUUAUAUAGUGUUUUCUGUUUUUAAGAUUAGAAAAGAUAUGGAUGUUGCAGGUAUCAAUUGCUUGCCAAAUAGGUCAGCUUUUCUUGUGCCAUGAUUAAACCAGUCAAGUCUGUAAGGGAAGGGAGGGUGUGGUUUUUGAAGAAGAUUACAGAAGACCACCACAUAAGCGGUCUUUAAUUUCUCUUUGCAACCCAAUGAAAAUGCUUAGUUUGCCUUCCUUUUAAACAUACAAGGGGUUAGAGUUAGUAUUUGCUUCUGGUUUGAGGUCGACAAUAUCAAUUCUGUUUUUUGUUACAAUAUUUUGAACCAAUCAAACAUGUAAAAUCCUAAUUGAAAUGCUCAGGUGUCUAAAAGGAUUUUCUAUUGUCACAUUGAAAUGUUAUUUUUACUUAUGCACUGAUUGCAAAUGAAUUUUUUUGACAUUUUAAAUGCAGUUCAAUAUGAAAAUGAUUCUUUAUUAUUUUAAUUAAAACAUUUAAACCUUU